AUUUCUGCAAGCGGUCUUUUUUUGCAGGGACGAUGUUCUGAAAAUAAUUUUGUGAGACUUCCUGAAAAAUAAUUAAAGAUAGAGUUGUGGAUAAAUAUAUAUAAUAUUUAAUAAAUAUAGCAGUGUAUAGCUUCGAAAAUGUCGAAAAAAAUGUCACGAUACCCCAGCGACCGAAAGGUAUAUGUAGGUGAUUUGGGCAAUAGCGCCAGGAAAAACGAUUUAGAAUAUGCGUUUGGCGCCUAUGGAACUUUACGAAGUGUUUGGAUUGCUCGCAACCCGCCAGGCUUUGCAUUUGUUGAAUUCGAAAGCGCCCGUGAUGCGGCAGAUGCUGUGCGCGGUUUAGAUGGCCGGACAGUUUGUGGUCGCCGUGCAAGGGUAGAGUUAUCUACAGGAAAAUUUGCUGGUGGUGGAAGCGGUCGAGGUGGUGAUCGACGUGGUAUGCGGGAUCGUUCGCGUAGAAACAAUUCAGAUGAUAACAAAUGCUAUGAAUGUGGAGGAAGAGGUCAUUAUGCUAGAGAAUGCCGACGUCGUGAUAGUCGACGAGGCAGCCGUCGCCGGUGAGUACUUGUUUAUUAUACAUAAUUUC